AUGAGAAUUCUAAGUACAGUUUUUGGUAUGGCUUUCUAUUUACUUCAUGCCGUUUCUGGAGAAAGUGGCUAUGCGCAGAACGGAGAUCUGGAAGAUGCAGAGCCAGACGACUACUCAUUCUCGUGCUACAGUCAGUUGGAGGUUAAUACUGACUCCGAGCACACACUGACCUGUGCUUUUCGUGACCUGGACGUCAACAGUACCAAUGUGGAGAUGGAAAUAUGUGAUGUCUCCUGGAAAGAAAAAUGCCUAAUUAUGAAUAAGAUGCAAUACACAUAUUUCAUCAAAACAAACAAGUUCAUCUUGAUCGGAGACAACAAAAUGUGUGUGAAACUUGGGCAGAAAAGCUUAACUUGCCAAACAGUGAACAUCGUCAAAAUAGUUAAGCCUGAGGCUCCUUUUGAUUUAAGAGUAGAAUAUCGCGAGAGAGCCAAAGAUUUUGUAGUGACAUUUAAUACAACACAUUUGAAAAAGAAGUAUGUAAAAGAAUUAAUACAUGAUGUCGCCUACCACCAGGAAAAAAAUGAAAACGAAUGGAUGCACAUGAAUUUAACCAGCACAAAGACUGUCCUGCUGCAGAGGAAGCUACAACCUAACGCAGUGUAUGAGAUUAAAGUCCGCUCUAUUCCUGAUGGAAAGUAUUUUGCCGGCUUCUGGAGUGCAUGGAGCCCAAGCUACCACUUCAGAACUCCAAAGACCAAUGCACCAGGAGCGAUGGAUCCUAUUUUGCUAACUGUCAGCAUUCUGAGUUCUUUCUCAGUGGCCCUGUUGGUCAUCCUGACCUGUGUAUUAUGGAAAAAAAGAAUUAAGCCUAUCAUAUGGCCCAAUCUUCCUGAUCAUAAGAAGACUCUUGAAGAACUGUGUAAGAAACCAAUAAAGAAUUUGAAUGCAAGUUUCAAUCCAGAAAGCUUCCUGGACUGUCAGAUUCAUAUGGUGGAUGGCAUUCAAGCCAAAGAGGAAGCCGAAGCCUUUCAGCCUGGUUCUUUUCCUCUACCGGCUGAGGAGUCUGAGAAACAAAAGCUAGUGGAAGAUGUGCAAGGCCGGAGCUGGCCCACAGAGCAAGCAGUUGUCACCCCAGAAACUUUGAGAGGAGAUUCGCCCCUCCGAUGCCGGCCUGGGAACAACAGCACUUGUGAUGUUCUGGGGCUGCCCUACUCGCGAUCACCGAAAUGCAGAGAUGGGGACCGGAGCGAGCCCCGCAUGUACCAGGAUCUGCUGUUUAGCACUGGGACAACAAACAUUGUCCUGCCCCCUCCAUUUUCUCUCCCUUCAGGAAUCCUUCCCUUGAAUCCUGCUCCUGCUCCCCAGGGACAGCCCCCCCUCACGUCCCUAGGAUCAAGGCAAGAGGAAGCAUAUGUCACCAUGUCCAGCUUCUACCAAAAUCAGUGA